AUGUUUUGGAAAAAAUAUGGUCCAUGGGAGAGAUACAUUAACCUUUGGAGAAAUGAUGGUCGAUGGGAGAGAUCUGGGAAAUUAAAGGUUGCGCUAAAAUGUUUAAAUAACUCUCAAGAAAUAUCUAGGGACUUUUUGGAAGAG